GCCGUGGCUCCGGCGACUCCGCGCGCGCGCAGAUCGCGCCCGACUUUGGAAAGUCGCUGCCUCAGGUUGGGCUCGGACCGGCUGCCAUCUUGGCCGAGGGACGGAGGAGCUGCUACGCCGCCGCGCCCGGUUCAAGAUCCAGCCCAUAUUAUGGCUGGCACUGGAUCCAAGUCAGGAUUACCUGGUGGGCUGUAUAUGAAAUCACAGCUUCAGAUCACUGUUAUUUCAGCAAAACUAAAAGAAAAAAAUAAGUGGUUUGGACCAAGCCCUUAUGUGGAAGUCUCAGUAGAUGGACAGUCAAAGAAGACAGAAAAAUGCAACAACACAAAUAGUCCAAAGUGGAAACAGCAUCUUACAGUAAUUGUCACUCCUCUAAGUAAAUUAACCUUUCGAGUCUGGAGCCAUCAAACGUUGAAGUCUGAUGUCCUCCUGGGAAGUGCUGCCCUGGAUAUUCAUGAGACUUUGAAAUCAAACAGUAUGAAACUUGAUCAGGUAGUGGUAACACUGCAUCUUCUUGGUGACAGAGAGCCAGCAGAAGUGGUAGGAGAUUUGUCUGUCUGUCUAGAUGGGAUGCAGGUAGAUCCUGAGCUCCUGACCAAUGGUGAUGCCUCAAGUACAAGAAGUCCUACGCAGAGUGACAGCUCCAAAGCAAGAAAUGACGCUCGGACUAACUCAAAUGGCCUUGAAAGCUCUGAAGAUGCUGCUUCAAAUGAAAACAAGACUGUUAAUGGCAGUGAUUCUCCACUACUCACCAAUGGAAGCUGCAAACCUUCUCGACCUCCCAGGCCUUCCAGACCACCUCCACCCACACCCCGCAGACCCCCAUCAGCAGCUGGAAGUGUCAAUGGUUCUCCAUCCACGUCCACAGAGAAUGAUGGGGCCAGUGCAGGUUCACUGGCAGGCACAGCUGCAAAUACAUCUUCAGAACCGAGCCCUGAGGGGGCAACAGCAGCAACAACAGCUCCUGCAACUGCUGCGCUCACCACUCCUCCAGUAUCAAGACAAGUCCAGCCAGUAAAUCCUCCAACUCAGGCACUAACUACAGUCAGUCAAGGUCCUCUUCCACCUGGUUGGGAGCAAAGAGUGGACCAGCAUGGUCGAGUAUAUUAUGUAGAUCAUGUUGAAAAAAGAACAACGUGGGAUCGGCCAGAGCCUCUUCCUCCAAGCUGGGAGCGACGAGUUGACAACAUGGGGAGGAUUUACUACGUUGACCACUUCACGAGAACAACAACGUGGCAGAGGCCAACGUUAGAGUCUGUCCGAAAUUACGAACAGUGGCAGCUUCAGCGCAGUCAGCUUCAAGGAGCGAUGCAGCAGUUCAAUCAGAGGUUUAUCUAUGGGAACCAGGACUUUUCUUCCACUCAGAACAAAGAAUUUGACCCCCUUGGCCCACUGCCACCUGGAUGGGAAAAAAGAACUGACAGCAAUGGCAGAGUGUAUUUUGUCAAUCACAACACACGUAUCACGCAGUGGGAAGAUCCUAGGAGUCAGGGUCAAUUAAAUGAGAAACCCUUACCUGAGGGUUGGGAAAUGCGAUUUACUGUGGAUGGCAUUCCGUACUUUGUGGAUCACAAUAGAAGAACCACUACAUACAUAGAUCCCCGCACGGGCAAGUCUGCUCUAGACAAUGGGCCCCACAUAGCCUAUGUUCGGGAUUUCAAGGCAAAGGUCCAUUAUUUCCGAUUCUGGUGUCAGCAACUGGCAAUGCCACAACACAUAAAGAUCACAGUGAGCAGAAAAACAUUAUUUGAAGACUCAUUUCAACAGAUAAUGAGCUUCAGCCCUCAGGAUCUGCGGAGACGUUUGUGGGUUAUUUUCCCUGGUGAAGAAGGCUUAGAUUAUGGAGGUGUUGCAAGGGAAUGGUUCUUUCUGUUAUCACAUGAAGUUUUGAACCCAAUGUAUUGCCUGUUUGAAUAUGCUGGAAAAGAUAACUACUGCUUACAGAUAAACCCAGCCUCCUACAUUAAUCCAGACCAUCUGAAAUACUUCCGUUUUAUUGGAAGGUUCAUUGCCAUGGCUUUGUUCCAUGGAAAAUUCAUUGACACUGGUUUCUCUCUGCCGUUCUAUAAACGUAUCUUAAACAAGCCAGUAGGACUCAAGGAUUUAGAAUCUGUUGACCCAGAGUUUUACAACUCUCUCAUCUGGGUAAAAGAGAAUGAUAUUGAAGAAUGUGGCUUGGAAAUGUUUUUCUCAGUUGAUAAAGAAAUUCUGGGUGAAAUCAAAAGCCAUGAUUUGAAGCCAAAUGGUAGCAACAUUCUCGUGACAGAAGAAAACAAAGAAGAAUAUAUUAGGCUGGUAGCAGAAUGGAGACUUUCCCGAGGUGUUGAGGAACAGACACAAGCGUUUUUUGAAGGCUUCAAUGAAAUUCUGCCACAGCAGUAUCUGCAGUAUUUUGAUGCUAAGGAACUGGAGGUCCUCCUGUGUGGAAUGCAGGAAAUUGAUUUAAAUGACUGGCAGAGGCAUACCAUCUACAGGCAUUAUACCAGAACCAGCAGACAGAUACUGUGGUUCUGGCAGUUUGUAAAAGAAAUAGAUAACGAAAAGAGAAUGAGACUUCUACAAUUCGUUACUGGAACGUGCAGAUUGCCAGUGGGAGGAUUUGCUGACCUCAUGGGGAGCAAUGGACCCCAAAAAUUUUGUAUUGAGAAAGUUGGGAAGGAAAACUGGUUACCUAGAAGUCACACCUGUUUCAAUCGCCUAGACCUUCCACCCUAUAAGAAUUACGAGCAGUUGAAGGAGAAGCUGUUAUUUGCAAUUGAAGAAACAGAAGGAUUUGGACAGGAAUAGCUGUGAUUUGCACCUUGAAGAAUGUGAACUCCACACGAUGUUCUUCUUCACUUCUUCUGCUUGUUGCACACUUCAUUGUAAAGUAGACUUGACUUGGAUUUAUUUAACAACACUAGUGUGUAAGUCAAUGGAUGUUAUCCUGAGGUUUUAUCCACAUUAACUCUGGAUUUCUACUGAGCACUUUCAGAAAUCAAAACGCGAUCAGGUAUGGCUACAAAGGAGUUAUGACCCAAGUAGAGAUGUAAUACAGCUUUGGGCUCUGCUUUGUUUUACCUUUCAUUACUUAGAAUGUGUCCUUAAUGACUGACAGGUUUUUUAAAAUAGUUUUGUCUUUCCUUUUUAGUAGCAUAUUUUGCUACUGAUGUACUGGGAAGUUCAUUAGUAGCUGCAAUGCUGCAGCAACAUCAUAACCUCUUUACAGCAGUGUUAUUGGGCCGACUUGUGACCGUCCUCUGCCUACUGUGAGCAAAUUCAUCGCUUAAGCUAUUUUUUUAACUCAAGUGUGGCUGGACUGUUUUUCCUUGCCCGGAGUCUGCUCACGUGCCAGUGGGACUCAGACUGCUGUUAAGGGGAUGUCAAACUGUGGCACAAAUCCAGGGCGUAGCUUUGUUUUGUUUUUCUCACAGUCUUGUGAAUUUCAGCAAAAUAAACGUCUGCCCAAAGUUGCUGGAACGUUUGCUUGUGCCCUCCGAAGAGUUCUGAUCUUUUUCUGUGUAACACAUCUAACUUCUACAACUGUGUUAACGCUGUGGUUCUUCCCUUGUUUUGCAAAAGACGAGGCCGCCUGGGAUUGCACUGAUUCAAUGUAGAUUCCCAUUUGCAGACUGAUGUUUCUUGUGGGAAGUGUUAAUGGACAUUAUACUCAGUGUUAUUCUUCCAUGUUGCAGUCAGUUUUCUCUGAAGACUUUGUUGGUUUCUCAGGAAGAGGUACAAUAUAGCUGGAUUUUAAAGAUGAUAAUACUUACCAUUUUUGGUGAGGAACUGAUAAUGCCACGUUAGCUAAGAUCAGAGGACUUGGAAGUUUAUACACGGAUUCCAGACUUUUGACGAGUUGGAGCAUCAGAAAACAGUUCUAUAAAGAUUAGAACAAGUUCUUGGGGAAGAUUUCUAUGCUAGGUCACCCUAAGCUGCUCACACAGCUAGUAACUUUUGUAAUAAGUCCUUCCUGGAUUUAUAGCAUCUUUUGCUUUCUUUUCAAAUCUGUUAAUAUUCAGUUCUCUUCUGGUUUACAGUGACAUUUUAUUGCUCCUUUAGACUGAAUGCACUUUUCAGGUAUGGUCAGCUCCUUCCUUAUCUGAAGGCAGGAAAGGAAACGUCUGUGAGUCGAUGUGGCUGUUAGCCGUGGUCAGAAACGUGGCUCUUGAAGUAGCACAGGUUAAAGCAUAACCGUAGCUCAGAGCACUGGGACAGCAGCAGCUGUUCUGAGGAGGCUUCUUAUGCUGGAGCUGAACCAGGACAACGGGAAACUAGAAGCGAACCUCCAGUCUUGAAGAGAGCAUUUCCUUCCUUCUGUCUGAACUGCCAGAGGGCAAAUCUGAUUCAGGCCUUUUAAGAACCAAGGCAUUACAGUUUUAACUGACCUUCUGAAAGAGUUUUUCAAGUUGAAGUGAUAUAUGCUCACUGGAAAGAAGAAUAAUAAGACCUUAGAGAAAAUGCCUCCUUUUUUUCAUGUGUAUUCUAGCAAGAGCAAUGGGAAAGAGUUUCUGAUGAUCCAGGGAUUAUCCUCUUUCACCUUUUCACUGGCGGUGAAAGCUAGCCUUGCUUCACAGUUUUACUAGGAGGAAAAUAUGCCAAUUUCAAGACAUUUGAUGGCUAUUUUACCAUAUACAGCUCACAAGGAGAAGAAAAAAGCCUUAUAAAUAAUCUGUUUAUAUUAAUUCUUACAGUGAAAUCUAGCUAUCUAACAUAUUUACAAGAGAGAUUGAAUUAAACAGGAUAAUGCAAAAUUAAGCUACGAAACAUAGUUUGUGUUCUGCAUAAUGAUUUAUGAUUCAUGUAGGGAAGCUAGAAAUGUUGGUAAUGUAUAAAUAUCACCCAAAAGGCUUUCAGCCCUAUAUUUUUAAAAUAAAAAAUAGUUAUAAUUGAAAUAGCCUUAGCCCUAGUUCUAUAGGGUAUGGCUGUUUAAUAUUUUUAUGGUUGAAAUGUUUAGUUCAGGAAAAAGGUAAAUGCUUGUAUAUAUUUUUGCAAUCUCGGAUUCCACUUGCUCCAUUUUUUCUUUCUUUAAUUUAAGUGGCAUGUUUGUGUCUUUCCUGCUGUAUUAGGAUGGGGAGAGGGGGCUGGAUAUCCCAAGCACCAGAAAUGAUUUUAGAAUACUGCAAACAAAGAAUCAGCUGGGAGAAAAAGUCUGUGAAACAUUGUAUUUGGCCAAUAAUUAAAGUAAGCUAGUACUAGGUUGAUGAAUUGGCAAUGUUCUUCAAGUCUGAGCUAAAGUUUACGUAAACCUUUUACUUUGUAAGCUAACAAGCCUGUUAAUUUUUUAUAGCGUGUUCUGUAGAAAUAAAAAGUUGUCAAUAUGAACCAGCGGUGCACUUUUCUGUUCUUUAUGGGGAUGUGGUGGAAACAUCUCGUGGAUGACCCACAGCAUCUGCUAUCCCACAUAACAUUGGGCUUCCAGCAGAGGUGAAUGAAUUUGUCUCCCACUGCUCCUCCCACCACUGCUUGAGCAGCCUGAGCUGUGUGAAUUGAUACUGCAUAACAAAUGCGUGCUCAUAUGUAGCUGCCAAUUAAUCCUAAUUUUCAAGCAUUAAAAUAACUUCUAUUUAGAAUUUUGCCUUAUGAGAAUGACGUGAAAAAAUGAACGGAAUGCUGAGCUGCUGAUCUAAAGUAACAAAGCCUUAUUGCUCCAGUAGCUCAGGAAGCGUUUGUGUAUGAAACUGCGCAGUAAAUGCGCCGUGUCUUCAUCUGAUCUAGCACUGAAGCUUGGAUUUUAAUGCAUUUAUUUGUGUUCCAGAAAAAGAAAAAAAAACUGAACAAAAAAAACUGUUUAAUUUUUCUUGUUUGCGUUACCACUACAUGCUGCACUGAAUUUGUGAUUUCAACUCUUUGUUAUAUUGGUAUCUCCAGCCCCCUUUCUUGCGGGUGUCUUUUUAAUUUUCUUCAAGAAUCAUUGUUUGUGUAUAUAUGCUCUAGUGAACUAGGACAUAAACUGGGAUCAGCAGCACUGGAUUGUAAAAUACUGUACUGAAAUUCAUUGUCGAAGUUUCCUUGUAUUGUAAUUUCAAAUACUCAGGUAACUGUAACAGUAUCUCAGUAAGUCAAAUACUUUUAUAAAACGACUUAAAGAGAUGGUA